AUGGACCCAGCUGUGCAGAACCCCAGUCCGGCUGAGAAUCUUGCCAAAGACGACCCUCCUGCCGCACAGGAGGCUGUCGCAGACCAGCACAGCAACAAGCGGAAGAUGGACUCCGGCGCAGCUGGAAAAGGUGGCCGAAACAAACAAAAAGAUAUGGGAAGGAAGGCUUACAGGCGCGCAGCGAACGACCAGCAGGAGUCCAAGCGGAGGAAGAUUGAGCAAGGAGAGAGUCCAAUGCCGAUAUAUGCUACUCAAUUCUCCCAGGAAGACAUCGAUGCUGACGUACGGCGACCGAAGAAGAAGGUUAUUGUCAUGUUGGGCUAUUCCGGCACCGGAUACCAUGGAAUGCAGCUAUGUCCUACGGAAAAGACCAUUGAAGGAGACCUAUUUGCCGCCUUUGUUGCGGCCAACGCCAUCUCCAAGGCCAACGCUGUAGAUCCCAAGAAAUCAUCCUUUGUCCGUUGUGCAAGAACAGACAAGGGUGUGCAUGCUGCCGGCAACGUUGUUUCUCUCAAGCUCAUCAUCGAAGACCCAGACGUAGUGCAGAAGAUCAACGAGAAACUAAAUCCACAAAUCAGAGUAUGGGGUAUCAUCCCGGCAACCAAGGGGUUCAGUGCCUAUCAAUUCUGCGAUUCCCGCAUGUACGAAUAUUUGAUACCCUCGCAUUGCUUCCUACCACCACAUCCGAGCACUUUUCUGGCUCAGAAAAUGGUUGAAAUGGCGGAGAAGCAUGGCGAUAUGGAAGCUUUUAAAGAGAGGCAGGCUGAAGUGGAGUCUUAUUGGGAAGAGACAGACAAGAAGCACAUCCAGCCCAUAAUAGAUGCUCUGCCAGAGAAGAUCAAACCCUACGUUCAAGCUGCCGUUGGCUCCGUUGGCGGCGAAGAAGACAAGACAACUUCAAGCAGCAAUGAGGACGGAGAAGCUGGCCAGGAGAAUGUGGGUGAAACUGAUGCCAAAAAGUCCGACCUCACACCCGAUGAACAGGCCCAAGUCAACGUGGCCAUUAAGGACAUCAGAACAGCCUACUUCGAAGCCAAGAAUGAAUACCGUAUACCCCCCGAACGUCUCGCACGCAUUAACGCAGCACUAGCCCUCUACGUCGGCACCAAAAACUUCCACAACUAUACCAUCCAAAAGACUUUCCGUGACGCCUCAGCAAGACGCCUAAUAAAGUCCUUCAAAAUCUCCAGGGACCCUGUCGUAAUCAACGGCACCGAAUGGCUGAGUUUGAAAGUCCACGGCCAAAGUUUCAUGAUGCAUCAGAUCAGAAAGAUGGUUGCGAUGGUUGCUUUGCUCGUUCGUUGCGGAGCAGAUAUCAACCGUAUCAAUGAAAGUUAUCAGAAUUCCAGGAUACCGAUUCCCAAAGCACCGGGGUUGGGACUGCUGCUUGAACGACCUAUUUUCGACGGGUAUAAUAAAAAGGCAGAAGUGCUGGGUAGGGAGAUACUUGAUUUUGAUAAGUAUGAGAAGGAAAUGGAUGAGUUUAAGCUUAAGGAGAUAUAUCAGCGUAUCUUCACGGAGGAAGCUGAGAAACAUGCUUUCGGGACGUUCUUCAAUCAUAUCGACAGCUAUAAGGAAAAUACUUUCUUAUAUGUCACUUCCGGUGGUCUAGCUGCUUGCUGCUCAUCUACUGUUCAGCCCACUGCUGCUCAGGAGGAAGAUGCUAGGAAGGCGGACAGCAAGAUCCUCGCAGAGGUCGAGUCUGAGUCCGAGGCAGAGGUUGUGGAUAACGGUGAAGAUGGCGGUUAG